GGCCGAUCGCCUAUUCUUCAACUCUUCAUUUCGGAAGAAAGAAGCGUCGCAACUGUCCAGGCCAGUCUUCGGUAUUGCUCUCGUUGGUCGGCCACCAUGGAUGAGCUUUUUGACGUCUUCGACGAUCAACCUCAGGCUGUCAAGCCAGCUGAGGGAGCACCCAGAAGAUCAAAGAAAGACAAGAGCAAGAAGCGGCAGGUCAAUGGUGAUGUGAAAGCACCCGCCGCCGCACCCGCCGCCACGGAGGAUAUAGACAUCCCCGACGCUUCCAAAACCCUCGUCGACGAGAAAGAACCCGAAUUAGAAGAGAAGGAAGCUAGUCCUGUCGCCGACCCUAAUGAACAACCUGAUGCGAAACGGCCGCGCCUCGCGACAACGGAAGCUGAGCCUGUCUUGGUUGAUUCUUUCGAGACAGAGCAGGAGCGCGAAGUUGCUGGAGCCACCGGAUUGCAGGCUUCAGCCGAUUCCGCAUCGUUGAAGUUAUCCCACCAGGUCCGACACCAAGUCGCCAUUCCGCCGAACUAUCCCUACGUGCCCAUCUCCCAACACAAGCCUCCGGAGAACCCUGCCCGCGUGUGGCCAUUCACUCUCGAUCCUUUCCAGCAAGUUGCUGUCGCAUCCAUUCAGAGAGAGGAGAGUGUGCUUGUAUCUGCCCAUACUAGUGCUGGAAAGACCGUUGUUGCCGAAUAUGCUAUUGCGCAGAGCUUGAAGAACAACCAGAGAGUCAUUUAUACUAGUCCAAUCAAGGCGCUGAGCAAUCAGAAGUUCCGUGAAUUCCAGCAAGAGUUCGGCGACUGUGGCUUGAUGACAGGAGAUGUCACCAUCAACCCUACAGCUACAUGCUUGGUCAUGACUACUGAGAUUCUACGUUCGAUGCUUUACCGUGGUUCGGAGAUUAUGCGUGAAGUUGCUUGGGUUAUUUUUGACGAAGUUCACUACAUGCGCGACGCUACCCGAGGUGUGGUCUGGGAGGAAACUAUCAUCCUUCUUCCCGAUAAGGUUCGCUAUGUUUUCUUGUCUGCGACGAUUCCAAAUGCAAUGCAAUUCGCGGAAUGGAUCGUGAAGAUGCACAACCAACCUUGCCAUGUUGUUUACACCGACUUCCGGCCGACGCCGUUGCAGCACUAUUUCUACCCAGUUGGCUCUGAAGGCUUGCACUUGAUCGUUGACGAGAAGGGUGUCUUCCGCGAGGACAACUUCCAGAAAGCGAUGAGCAGCAUUUCUGACAAGAAAGGCGAUGACCCUUCGGAUGCCAUGGCCAAGAGGAAAGGAAGGGGCAAGGACAAGCGAUUGAACAAGGGCGGCCAAAAUGACGAAAAAAGCGAUAUGUAUAAGAUUGUCAAGAUGAUCAUGCUUCGCAACCUCAACCCUGUCAUCGUCUUCAGUUUCAGCAAACGCGAGUGCGAGCACGGUGCUCUUCAGAUGAAGAAUUUGUCAUUCAACGACCCCUCGGAGAAGGAGAUGGUGCAAACGGUUUUUGACAAUGCCCUUAAGAUGCUUUCAGAGGAAGAUCGGAAUUUGCCUCAGAUCCAAAAUCUCCUACCACUUCUACGCCGAGGCAUUGGUGUCCAUCAUUCGGGGCUUCUUCCCAUUCUCAAGGAAACCAUCGAGAUUCUGUUCCAGGAAGGUCUUAUCAAGGCUUUGUUUGCUACUGAGACCUUCUCUAUCGGCCUGAACAUGCCCGCGAAGACUGUUGUCUUCACAAGCGUGCGGAAAUUUGACGGCUUCAGUCAACGCUGGGUCACCCCAUCAGAAUUUAUCCAGAUGUCUGGUCGCGCUGGUCGAAGAGGUCUGGAUGACCGUGGUAUCGUGAUUAUGAUGGUUGGUGAAGAGAUGGAUCCCGCGGUUGCAAAGGAGAUUGUACGCGGUGAGCAGGAUCGACUAAACUCGGCUUUCCACUUGGGUUAUAACAUGAUCCUCAAUCUUAUGCGUGUUGAGGGUAUCUCGCCCGAGUUUAUGCUCGAGAGGUGUUUCCAUCAGUUCCAGAACACGGCCGGUGUUGCCGAGCUUGAGAAAAAUCUGGCGGAGUUCGAGCAAAAGCGCGCAAACAUGAAAAUUGAAGACGAAGGCACUAUUCGCGAAUACUACGACUUACGGAAACAGCUUCAGAAGUUCAACGAUGAGAUUCAAACCGUCGUUACGUAUCCCGACUACUGUCUGCCAUUCAUACAACCUGGUCGCUUGCUCCACGUGAAAUACAAGGACCAGGACUUUGGCUGGGGUAUCGUGGUCAACAGCAAACAGCGCAAGGCGCCGAAGGGCUCAAGCGAAGAAUACACUCCUCAUCAGUCACACGUUGUCGAUGUCUUGCUCGAACUGGCCGAUGGUAACUCCGUUGGUACUAAGUCUUUUGAAGACAUGCCAUCCGGGGUGCGGCCGCCGAAGGACGGCGAGAGGUCAUCCAUGGAGGUGGUCCCGAUUGUGCUCAGUUGCAUUCACUCCAUUGGAAAACCCCGUGUCUUUCUUCCCAAAGACUUGAAGUCCAAGGACUCGCGGAAUUCCAUGAAGAAAACUCUUGCCGAGAUUCACAAGCGGUUCCCGGAUGGCAUCGCCCUUAUGGACCCACUUGAAGACAUGCAGAUUAAAGAUGACAGCUUUAAGAAGACUCUUAGGAAAGUCGAAGUCCUGGAAUCCCGGUUAUUUACCAACCCAUUGCACAACUCCCCCCGCCUGGCGGAACUAUACGAUCAAUAUUCGGAGAAGGUGGAGCUCGGAAACAAGAUCAAGGACACGAAGAAGAAGAUCUCCGACGCCAUGUCCAUCAUGCAGCUCGAUGAGCUGAAAUGCCGCAAGCGGGUUCUGCGUCGUUUUGGCUUCAUCAAUGAAGCCGAGGUCGUGCAGCUGAAAGCCCGAGUUGCCUGCGAAAUCAGUACGGGUGACGAGCUCAUGCUUAGUGAACUCCUUUUCAAUGGUUUCUUCAACAAGCUCACGCCGGAGCAAGUGGCCGCCGUCCUGAGCGUGUUUGUGUUUGAGGAAAAGACCAAGGACACUCCUGCCCUGACACGGGACGAGCUGGCCAAGCCGCUCAAGGAGAUACAGGCGCAGGCUCGGAUUGUGGCCAAGGUGUCGCAGGAGUCCAAGCUGGCCGUUAAUGAGGAAGAGUACGUGAACAGUUUCCAUUGGGAACUGAUGGAGGUCAUGUACGAGUGGGCGAACGGAAAGUCCUUCUCCGAGAUUUGCCAAAUGACCGACGUCUACGAAGGCAGCUUGAUCCGUGUCUUCCGCCGACUCGAGGAGUGUAUGCGCCAGAUGGCACAGGCAGCCAAGGUCAUGGGAAGCGAAGAACUCGAGCGGACUUUCGAAACCUCCCUGACCAAGGUGCGCAGAGACAUCGUCGCCGCCCAGUCCCUGUACCUGUAAAGCACUGCACUAUGCACUAGUUCCUGGAUGUGUCUUGUCUCACUUUAGUUCUGGAUGGUUGGUUUUUCUUUUCUUGGUGGUGGCAUUCCUGGCGUCAGGCUUUACAAAAGGUUUAUGUAUGGCUUUUGCCUUCCGCUUCAUACUGUUCAUGUCUACAUAUUUCUAUCUGUAAAUGAGGUCGCAUUAUGUUCGACCACCUGGUUCUACUUAGAUGUCGCAGUCCUGUUCUUCAAUCCAGCUGGCCUUCAGUUGUUCUACGAUCGAUCUCGGCCCAUUCGAUCAAUUCUCGUCAUGGCGGGUUCAUUGACGUUGUGAGCUAUUAUCAUCCGACAACAAUCC